AAGGCGCUUGUGACUGGUACGACUCCUGCAGCAUCGCUUUAUCAGUCUGCACACCUGCGACCCCAGGCCCUCUUUACCCUUUUAUCUUGAACAUGCCGCAUUCGGACCACAAUACAGUCAUUAUUGAAAGCGGAGGAAUAGGAGGAAAAGACACAUUACAAACGCCGAAACUGCUCUCUCCGCCAGAAACGAAAACACCACCCACUCUCCCUACCAAACGACAUCACGACCCCGCGGCGAUGAGCGAGCGAAAGCGCGAGUCGGAACCGGUAGAUCCGAAUGCGCUAAGUAAGGCAUUGGAGCAGUUUGAGAAUGCCUCUCGCCCAAGAGACCACACACCAGGCGCAAGUCCAAGUCGCAAGCGGCAACGAGUCUACGGUGAUCGAUUUAUUCCUAAUCGAUCUGGACAAGAUCUCCAAGCGAACUUCAGCUUACUGAACGACGAUGGAUCACCCUCCACUCCCCGAUCGCAGCGCAGGCAGCCAAAUCACGAGCUGCACUUUCAAAAAACAGAAGAGGCCAACCGUACCUAUGCCACCAUUCUCCGCGCCGAGAUGUUCGAUAACUCUAUUCCCAAAAACGACAGCUCAUCCAGAGCACAUACACCUCCAAAUCAGGCGUCGGCACUCCCGACAAGUAACCUGACACCCUCUACUCCUCACAAAAACCUUUUCAGCUAUCUCUCCCCCGCUCGAAAUUCCUUCGGCCAGUUCACGCCUUCGAGAACACCCCACAAGCAUGGACCGAACAUAAACCCCAAUUCUGAAAUCUACAGCCUAUCCCCUGUCAAGCAGUCGUCACAGAAAAUGCUCCUCACUCCUCGCCGGCAGCCUCGAGCUGUUAGCAAAGUACCGUACAAAGUUCUGGACGCCCCAGAUCUUGCUGAUGACUUCUACCUGAACUUAGUUGACUGGGGAAAUACGAACAUUCUCGGCGUGGGUCUUGGCAGUUGCGUGUACAUGUGGAACAGUCAAUCAGGAAAGGUGACCAAGUUGUGCGAGCUCAAUGAUGACUCAGUUACCAGUGUAAAUUGGAUACAGCGGGGCUCACACCUUGCAAUCGGCACAUCACGCGGGUUUGUCCAAAUCUGGGAUGCCAAUUCACAACGACGCCUCCGAACAAUGACUGGUCAUACCGGCCGGGUUGGCGCCCUUGCAUGGAACUCGCAUAUUCUCACCUCGGGUUCCAGGGAUCGCAGCAUCCUCCACCGCGAUGUCCGCUCACCGGAUCAGUACCUUACAAAACUCACGGGCCAUAAACAGGAGGUAUGUGGGCUCAAGUGGAAUUCCGAGGACAACCAGCUCGCCUCCGGUGGAAACGACAACAAACUGAUGGUCUGGGAAAAUCUCCACACCGAGCCCCUCUACCGAUGGUCGGAGCAUUCGGCCGCUGUUAAGGCCAUCGCAUGGUCUCCACACCAACGAGGCCUCCUUGCAUCAGGCGGUGGUACCGCAGACCGGACGAUCAAGUUCUGGAACACUCAAAUCAGCGCCCAAGGGGCCAGCAACGCUGCCGCCGCGGCCGCCAUGUCCAUCGGCACGACCAUCACCGGGACUGAUACCGCAACAGCCCACGAAGAUUUCAACUUCGGGGCCGCUGCACCGGUCUCUCCACCCGUCGCCCCACCCCCGGCAAACCUGAUCAACAGCUACGACACGGGUAGCCAAGUGUGUAACCUGGCAUGGUCGCGAAACAGCAACGAGAUCGUCAGCACGCACGGGUAUUCCCAAAACCAGAUCAUCGUGUGGAAAUACCCGAGUAUGAGCCAGGUGGUCAGUUUGACCGGCCACACGUACCGCGUCUUGUACCUUGCUAUGAGCCCGGACGGCAGCGUCAUCGUCACCGGAGCGGGCGACGAGACGUUGCGGUUCUGGAACGCCUUCCGAAAACGCGAGCGGAGUGGUUUCGGCGUCGGCGGCAGCGGCCUCGGUGUUGAAGGAUGGGGUACGAUCAGAUGACGAACGACAUCGACGCAGGCGCGAGGAUGAACAAAAUGGGGCUCUAGAUUCAUGUUUUUCACAUCUCUGGCAUACUUAACGACACGCGGCAUGACGGCGGGAAUUUGGCGUUUGCGGCUUGUUUCUGGCGAAUCCGUGCAUUUCGGUCGCCUUUUCGUUGAGCAACCUUUCUCUAUAUCUCGUUUCCCGGGGGCUUCCUCCCCACC